AUGCUUAAAAUCUCCGAACGCAAACAGCUUCUUCGCGACCUGGAACUGGCGGUAUUUUUGGCUGACGAUAACGACGACCAUGAGGAAGCAGAAGAGUUUAUGGCUCUAUAUGCAUUCAUCUCGUCGUCUCCCUUCAUUGACGACCGUACUAGGCGACAUCGAGAUGAUCAUUUUUUCGUCGAAACGUUUCCAACACUCAACGACGACGAGUUUCGGUCAAUAUUCAGGACAACGAGGCAAGGCUUUGCCGCUCUUGUGAGGCAACUCGAGGACCACCUUGUUUUUUCGAACAACUCUAGAUGCGCGCAGCUCCAUCCUGCCUGGCAGAUCGCGAUAGCUCUGGCUCGUUUUGGCGGUGCUGAAAAUGGCUCAUCUGUGAUGGUGAACAGGUACUUGCUGGUCUUGCAGUGA